AUGUUAGCCAAAAAAAAAAGGGAUGGACGGAUAGAAUAAAGGGGAAAGGAAAACCUAAUUCCCUUUUUUGUUUUCUCUCCUCUUUUUCGGCUUUCCUCUUCUCCUUUUUCUGGUUUUUCCUCUCCUCUUCCAUUCUAAAUCCAAAACCCUUGAAGACAUCAACCUCAUAGCCACUCUAUGAUGCUUUUUUUUUCUUCUUCUAAUAAAAAAUUUUGCUGCUAGCUGUUCCUCCUUUCCUUGUUCAUGAUUUGACUAUUUAGUGGGUGCAUCUUUGCUGUUUGGGUAAGGUAAAGGUUUUAAAAACAUAAUUUUGAAUUUUUUUUUUGAAGUGGUGGCGGAACUAAACCCAUUUUACACAAAAACGAGUAUGAUUGGUUUAAAAUAAAGUUGUUAUCAUUUAUUGAUUUGAGCAUGUCUACUGGGAGCUUACUAAACUGUUCUGAUAACUUGAAAUUAGUUUAUAAAUUAUGGAUUUUCCUGAAAUUCCUACAUGGUUUAGUCUCCAAUAUGGUCAUGUUUUACUGUGCUCACUAGUGGGAGGUUUAUAAACGCUAGCACAUGUCGACAUGUAUUCUUGGAACCAGUUUGUCUUAUUAUUCCUACCAGUGGAAUAGUACACUGGUAAUUACUAUGCCCGCCGGUGGGAGGUUUAUAAACAUUGGCCAUAACCUAUAGAGGAGACGUCUAUUUUAUUCCCAUACUUGUGCUGUUUUUCUUGAUAUUUGAUUACACUUGUUGGCAUGCUAUAACUUUAAUUAAGGGCUAUCCAUAUUUUUACUUACUGAGUUAUCUCACAUAGUUUUUCCUUAUCCACCAUUUCAGAUAGUGAGACCCGAGAUGGGGGAAACCAAAGGGAGUGACGGGUUAGAAAGCUAACCAUUUAUAUUUUGGACAUAGAUUUUGAGAUAUAUAUCAUCCUUGUAAACUAUAUUUUAUCUGAGAUAUUGAUCUAAGUUUAUGUGGAUUGUUAGUUAUGAACUUAGCAAGUUGUGGGCCUUGUGCAUUUGUGGUAUCUUCUCACAAGUGUACAGUAUCUAUUUUGCUCCUAGUUCUGGGACAUGACAAUAUUACUUUUGAUAAAUUGUACUCUAACCCAUGCAGGGCUCACUCUUUUAUCUAAAUAAUUAACAGGAGGAAGAUCCCCUCUCACAAAAUGAACAAAAACUCUAACUUUUCUCCCUCUCACAAGUAUUCUUUUCCAUAUUUUCCCUUGGUUCUCCCAUUCUCCCUUCCCUUAUACUCUGGCCUUUUUGGGCUUUUCACAAAAAUAUUUACUUAGUUUCCUUUUUAAUCCUUGAACAUGGCUCUUCUCUUUACUUUCAAUAAGGGGUGAAAUGGGUA